AUGGAUAAACUUCCAACAGAAGUUCUCGCCGAGAUCGUCGAGUUACUCCGCGAUGACCGCAGGGAUCUUUUGAGCGUCAGUUACACAAACAGAAAGCUGCAUGCGAUUGCCAACGAUAUCAUAUACUCCCAUUACGAGCUUUACUAUCAUUACACAUCGUUGUUCAUCCGAGCGCUUGCAUCGAAUCCCAAUCUCCAGCGAUGCGUUCAGCACAUCAAGUGGAACAGUCCCAUCCAUGAUGAAGGUGCCUUCGAGUUCCCCCGUUGGAUCACGGAAGCCGAGUUCGAUCAAAUCAAGGAGAAAGUGGGAUUUCCCUUCCCCGCAACGUGGCCACGACAUGCUACCUUUCUCACUGGCAAAUUGGUGGAGGUGAAUAACUGGAUGCGUCUUCGUACAGAACGCGAUCUGUAUCUCAGCACGUUCAUGUUGUUUACGCCGAACGUCAAGGAACUUUGCAUCUCCACGAAGCGGUGGGGAUCUGAAAGCAUGUGGUUCGUGCAAUCGCUGGUCGGUAAGAUUGGCACAAACCUACAGAAGGUGAUACUCGACGGCGGAGCGAACGUUGUAAACCUCCUUCCGCUUUUUCUGCUGCCGAAGAUGAAAACGCUGAUCAUGUCCGAUCUACUGGCACCCACUCUACACGAGGACGCCGAAUUGGAAGCCAUCAACCUCGUUUGGGCACGACUGGAAAAAGAAGGAUCGAAUCUUGAGCAUUUGGAAAUCUCUCAUACUACCACCGACAUAUUCGAUCUCGCCCGCUUGCUGAAAAGCCUCAAAAACCUCAAAUUACUCGACUACGAGUUCAGCGGCGGCGGGGGUUCGAUCAAGAAGCACAACAGAGACGUACAAACGCUCUUCGAAGCCAUCGGAAGCCACUGUGCGUCCCUCAACAACAUGGCCAUCGACGACGACCGUCUAGUGAUGAACCCAGGCGCGCUUGAACAACUGCGCGGCUUGGAGAACGUGGAGACUUUCCAAAUGACCACGUCCAUCUUCUACGAAAAAGUUCAUUGUCGUUCCGUUACCAAGGAAUUCCUCGCCGAGUCGCUCCAACGAAACCUCGGGAACCUGCCCAAGCAUCUCAAAAACCUGCGCAUCUCAACCAAGACGGGUUAUCACGACGUGACGGAAACCUUCUUCGAUGUCUUGCUCACCCUGGGCUCUGCUAUAAAAACUCUCCUCCCUGAUCUCGGAACUAUUACGUUCUUUGGCUGGCACCCGCAACUAGGCACCUUCCCGUGCCAGACCCGCAUCGCUGCCCUCCAGUCUGCGUUUGCGCAGGUAGGGGUGAGGAUUGUGUCGGAACAUGAUACUAUAGGCGACUCUGAGCGUUGGUACACCAAAACGCGCGUUGGUGCUUCGAGCAAGAUUGAAGAAGACUAUGUCUGGGUGCAUCUUCUGGAGGACUUUGAGGGUGAGGGGGAGAACCCGUGGGUGGCACGGUUUGGGAGCUCGUAUAGGGGGGAUGAGCUGAAUGGCGAUGUUUGGGAUAGUGAUGAGGAAGAUGAUAAUCAGGAAGAGGGUGAUGAUAAUGAGGAAGAGGAAGAUGACAAUGAGGACGGGGAAGACAGUGAUGGGGACGACUGGGAAGAUGAGGAUGACGACGACGAGACUCCUAACCCCAGUGCUGGUGGCCGACCGCUGAAUAUGCAAGACAUCAUGGAGGAAAUGGGCAUUCUUGCGGCUCAGGGACGAAUGCCGGGUAUGCCUGGUAUGCAGCCAACAAACGACGAUGACGAGGAGGAUGGAGAUGAUGGAGAAGAAGGCUCGAACACUCAAUUUGGCCCCGGCCGCCCGCUUACCAUGCAGGAUAUCGAGAAUGAGAUGAGGAUCAUGAUGGGUCAGGGACUGAUCCUCAAUUUGCCUGGUAUGCCUGGUUAUAGACCGGAGGGCGGGGAUGCGGAAAAUGAGGAAGAAGAUGAUGAUGAAGAGGAAGAAGAAGAAGGGUCGAACGAUAGCGAUGCCGAACAAGAUGAAGACGCCUCGAACAACGACAACGACAACGACAAUGAUCCGCCGCCAGCCAUGGAACCUCUACCCAGCGCCAGCAACCUGACCCUACAAGAGAUCGAGGAAAAGAUGAAAACAAUGAUGGCUCAGGAGCGGAUGUUCAAGUUGCCUGGUAUGCCUCAUUUCAAUCCGGAAGAUCAGUAUGACAGUGAGGAGGAGGAGGAGGAGGAGGAGGAUGAGGAUGACGGGUUCAACUACCGAUGGACAGUCUGA